AUGAAAAACUGGGACUACGGGAAGCUCGCCAUUGCCACUGCCGCAAUUCUCGGAGUCCUCACACUCGGCGCACUGAUAUACUUGCUGCUAUGGUACGUUCGACGAGGACUGCGCGCCCGGCGGCUUCGUCGCCAGGAGAAGGAGAAUGACCAGUUUGACCAGUCCGCAGUGUCCCUCGCCGAGGACACAAGCAGGACCCUAGAUCACUUCCUCAUGAAGGAUAUUCAACCUGAGCGGAGUUCAAUCAUCUUCAGCAGAAGCCGAUCCCCAUCCAUCAACAUCGUCAUUGACGACGCGGACGCUAAUCGCUGCAAGUCUUCCCCUCAGCCUUAUCUCCCAGAACAUCACACUGCAGCUUCUUCAUCUGCAGUUACCCACGUCCUCUCACAGAUCUCGACUCAAAAAUCUGGUCCUGAUGACCCACGGACUCAGUGGAGCAGCUCGGGACAGCGUUCGUCUAGUACGACGCCGCGGGCAUCCACCUCGUCGUCCGUCGUCCCAGCAUCGCAAUCAUCCCAGGUUUGGACUACGACUUCUGGUAGCACACCGUCGGAGCAGACUCAGAGUGUUUCAGCACAGCACUCGUCGACCACGACACCUCGAGCAUCCAUCUCCUCGUCUGUCGUCCCAACAGCGGGGUCCUCUCAGGUCUGGACCACGACCUCUGCCGAGACUGAGACGUUUUCGCUCCUUAGUCAAUCCUCGAACUACUCGCACCACCCUCAAAGCCCCAUUGGCCCAUCCACCUCCCGCAGCUCACAGAUAUAUACACGUCGUUCGAAUGCUUCUGCUGCAUCGAGCCGUCCGUCCAGUGGGGGUAUCUUGCAGUCUGCAUCCCGUAUGUUCAAUGAAGCAGAGGCUGCUCGGAUGGCUUAUUCGAGGAAUAUCGACUCUGUUGGAUCAAUGAGUCCCACUUCCCCCGUCUCUCCGGUGUUAGUGGAUGUUUCAGCUGAUAACAAGCUCCCCCAAUGGACCUCCGUACCGCCUACCCCCUUUCCUUUCAGUCAGCUCUGA